CAAAACUGUCUGCAAUAUUCAUAAUUAUCCUGAGGAAAGAUGCAUUUCUUACGUUCUUCAAAAUUCUUCACGAAUAACAACCUUGUCAAGGUUGGUGUCCUCAACAACAUCAGCCUUAUCCGCCACUUUUAUCCUCCAGAGGUCGCCAUAAUUUCAUGGCUUCUGCAAAGGUUUUCCAGAGAGAAACAGCCGAAAGUGCCAAACAACGCAAAUUGACGGAAGUGAAACGGUAUGUGUUGGAACCGAAGAAAGCCUAUGUUCGAGAUGAUAGGACCAAGUCUGUGCCAGUCAAGCAAGGGUUGCAAGGGUUCAGACCUUCCAUCAAUCCCGACAAAUGGGGAUAUGCGUGCCCUGCUUGCGGGCAAAAGGCGGAUGCGCUGUGGACAGAAAAGCGGAUUCAAGGACGUUCAAACCUGGGGAAACGAGCCAAUACCAGUAGUGUGAUAUCAGAUCUUGGAUUACAGUCGGGUUCUUCUGAUUUCUCCCUGUCUUCCAAUCUCCCAUUGUGGACAGUUCUUUUCACCGGAUUCGCGAUUUGGUUUUACAAAUUUUUGUAUUCCGGGUACGAAGUUUUUGCGAAGCGAAGCAUACCAACUGUUCGACCCAUUUACCCGAUUUUCGGGAACCUUUGGGGAGUUUGGAACAAGGACAUAAGAAAGUGGCAACAAGAAAAUGUGCGUCGAUACGGGAAAUACUUCGGAUUUUAUGAUGGCAAAGCACCUGUGCUUUAUGUCAGUGACCUGGACAUGAUUAAAGAGAUUCUCGUGAAGAAGUUUGAUUGCUUCACUGACCAUCAAUUUUUUUCCACUGGCCUUGAACAGCACGAAUACAUUCGAAAAUUCCUAUUUGUCAUGAAUGGAGAGGAUUGGAAAGAUGCCAGAAACGCGAUCAGCUCGGCUUUUUCUGGAGGAAAGAUCAAAAAGAUGUCUUCCAUGAUGGUGGAAUGCUGCCAAAGAAUGGUUGACGAUGUUCGAAUUGUCACUCAUCAAGGACCUGGAAUCAUCGAACUGAAAGAUUUGUUUGGCAAAGUCACAUUGGACAUCAUUGCGAGGUGCGCUUUUGGAACAAAAUUGGGAAACUUGGGCGAUCCCAAAAACCCAUUCAUCUUACACAGCAGCAAAGCCUUUCGACCUCCUUUGUUCAACAGUGCUUGGAGUCUUAUACCAGAGUUGUUCCCGUGGACACAACGUUUGGGACUGGAAGCCGUAAUUAGCCGCGAUUCAAUCGAUUUUUUUGUCAAGACGGUGGAAGAGGUUAUUAAAUCCAGGAGAGCUGAAAAAUCAACAAACAAACGUGGAGAUUUCCUUGAAGUGCUCCUGGAAGAAGCCCGAGCAGAGCGUGCAAAAAAGAAAAGUGACACAAGCGCAAAAAUCGUCUUGACUGAUGAAGUUCUCGUCUCCCAAUGCGUCACAUUUUUUGCAGUGGGCUACGACACUGUGGGAACUCAACUGGGAAUUGCUGGUCACUAUUUGGCACUGUAUCCGGAAUGCCAAGAAAAACUGCACGCGGAAAUAGAAUCCGUCGCCAAAAAAUACAAUGGUUUGAAUCACGAAGCGAUUCAAGAAUGCCAAUACCUGGAUCAAGUUCUUAGCGAAGCUCUAAGAAUUUAUCCCACGGUGACAAUAAUUGAACGUAGGUGCACAAAAUCCUGCGAGAUCAAGGGACUGCAGUUUUGCAAAGGCGACACAAUAGCUUUGCCAAUUUAUACUAUUCAGCAUACGGAGGAAUAUUAUUCGGAUCCCGAGACCUUUGAUCCCGAAAGGUUUGCACCCGAGAACAAGACAAAACUGGUCCCGUAUACGUACUUUCCGUUCGGACAAGGGCCUCGAAUUUGCAUCGGAAUCCGGUUCGCCAUUGAAGAAACAAAACUCGCCUUAGGCCACUUGAUUCAAUCUUUUAAGCUCUCGAAAUGUUCAAAAACUAGCUUCUUGUAUUCCGGAUACAACUUUUUCGCUAAAAGAGGGAUACCAACAGUCAAGCCGAUUUACCCGAUCGUUGGCAACCUUUGGGGGAUUUGGAACAAGGACGCCCGAAAGUGGACCGACGAAAAUGUGCGAAAAUAUGGUAAAUUUUUUGGAAUGUACGAUGGAAAAGCUCCAUUGCUUUGCGUCAGUGAUCCAGAGGUCCUCAAAGAGAUAUUUGUGAAAAAGUUCGACUGUUUCGUCGACCACCAGAUGUCACCUAUUAUGGUGGAAUGCUGCUACAGAAUGCUUGAAAGUGCACAAAAUAUCGCCGAAGGACCGGGAAUCAUUGAGCUGAAGAAGUAA